AAGCAAAAUUAAUCUUUGAAUCACUUGAAGAACAACAUGACUUCGAUAAACUUUACGAAGUAUUUGAUAACUUACAAGACACCUCUGAUGAAGAAAGUGAAUGCCCAAACACACCACAACAAAAAGAAUACACACCACACCAUACUUCAAGCACACCUGUAUAG